AUGGCUCAUGGGUUUAUUCCAUCUCAAGUUGAAGGCAAAGAGAUUUUUGAUGAAUUGAUAGGGAGAUCUCUUCUACAAAUUAUUACUGAUAAAGGUGCUCGCCCCACCUAUUAUUAUCCCUCUCCACGUUAUGCACCACGUUAUGCACGAGAUGAAUUGUUUUCUGUGUCAGGUUAUAGAGUUUGUAAGAUGCAUGAUCUCAUCCAUGACCUUGCACAAUUUGUUAUUGGAGAUGAGUGCUCCACAUUGCCUGAAAGUAACGAAUUGAAGAAAAUUUCAAAAAGGACCCGUCAUUUCAUAUUAAAUCGUGAUGUAGAGUAUGAUAUGAGUGAUCACGCCCCUAGGGCUCGCACUGCAUUACUUGUCGGAAGAAACUUCAUUGGGUUGUCAAAGUUGAAGUUGCUCAGAGUGUUACAGUUGGAUUGUGUGUCUACAUCAAUAGAAUGUUUGCACCAUCUAAGAUAUCUCAAUCUUUCUAAUACUGACAUAAGCGAACUACCAGAAUCAAUCUGUAUGCUUAUAAAUUUGCAAACAUUGAACAUGAAUCAUUGUUAUUGUCAUACUAAACUUCCCAUGAGCAUAGUAUACAUGAACAAAUACACUAUCGUAAAGAACGCAGAGAACAAGAUAGGAGAGUUAAAGCAUUGGAAUCUUGAUGGUAAACUUGUGUUGUAUGGCCUCCACAAGGUGAAGAAUGUGGAUGAGGCAAAAGAAGCUAAUAUGAGUAGUAGACAAAACAUUAACUCAUUGUCCUUUUCUUGGGGUUGGGGAGCAUCAGUGGAAAAUGCAGAACAAGUGUUGGAAGCCCUGAAACCUCACGUUUUUCAACAUGGAUUAGAGACGGACAGCAACUUCAAAAUCUGCAUGGAUGGCAUCAAAUACAUAAUUAAUAAUCGUAUUGACAAUGCAUUAUCUGUUGAUGCUGAGGUUGCUGGACAUUUGAGAACAGCAAGACUUUAG